GUUCUCGCAUCCCGCAUCCUCGUUUCAAAAGUUUUUGAAUCCGAACGGAUAGCCAGCAAGCCCAGCCUCAUACACAUCUGCAUCUUCCUCUCCUCUCCUCUCCUCCUUGCAGUCUUACAGUCUUUGUCUUCCUUCCCUUCCUCCACCUCUCCUCCCCCCCUUCUCAAAUUUUCUACGGCCGCGGCAGAUCCAAAUUGAUAGCGGCAGCAGCAAUGGAGAUGCUGAGGCGGAACCUCAAGCGGCAGGCCUCGCGGUCCCUCUCCGCGUUCGCCGCCUCCUCCCCGCGCUCCGCUGCGGCCGGCGACGACCAGGAGAAUCUCCACCCCAACGUCGCCGCCGCCUCCCCGCCUAUGUCACCAGCCAAGCACUCCGCGGCGAAGGACUUGUCGCCGCGCUCCAAGCCCGUUCCGGCUAGUAAACCCCCUCCGCCAGUGUCCGCCGGUGCGGCGGUCGACGACGAACCCCCCGUCAAGGUCGUGGUGCGGGUGCGGCCGGCGGUGAGCCUCCCCGUGGAUGGCAAGGAUCUGUUCUUCGUGCGCAAGACCUCCCCGAACUCCGUCGCUGUUGGCGACCGGGACUUCGCUGUGGAUGGUUUCCUCGACGACAGGGCCUCCCAGGAGGAUGCGUUCGAUCUGGUAGGUCUACCGAUGAUCGACAGCGCCCUUGCUGGAUUCAACACCUCCCUCGUGUGCUAUGGCCAGAGUGGCACAGGGAAGACAUACACCAUGUGGGGGCCCCUCGCUGCCAUGUUUGACAGCCGCUCUGACCGCGCCGACCGUGGCGUCGUGCCUCGCUUUUUCCAAAACCUCUUCUCCCAAAUCCAAGGCAAGCAAGAGAGCUCACCGGAGAAGCAGACGAGUUACCAAUGCAGGUGCUCCUUCCUCGAGGUAUAUAAUGAGCAGAUCAAUGACCUGCUGGAUCCAUCUCAGCGUAAUCUUCAGAUAAGAGAGACCACUGACAAUGGUAUCCAUGUUGAAAACUUGACCGAUGAGUAUGUAUCGACGGUGGAGGAUGUAAACCAGAUCUUGAUGAAGGGUCUAUCAAAAAGGAAAAUUGGCACCGAUAGCAUGAACUUAAAAAAUUCACGUUCUCAUGUCAUAUUCACUUGUGUCAUUGAAGCUUGGAGCAAGGAUUUCUCAUCAAAUGGCUUCAGUAGUUCAAAAACUAGUAGAAUUACCUUUGUUGAUCUUGCUGGUGUUGAUAUGGAUGAACCUGAUGGUGCGAGCAAGCACAUUACACGAGAAGAAAGACAUGUGAAGAAGUCUCUCUCAAGCCUUGGGAAACUAGUCAAUAUUCUUUCAGAAGAACCAAAGACCCAGAAAGACGACUUACCCUAUAAGCAAUCCUGUUUGACACAUGUGCUGAAGGAUACACUAGGUGGCAACUCCAGGGUUACAUUUCUAUGUUCCAUUUCUUCAGAGCACAGAUACAGAUCUGAGACUUUAAGCACACUAAGGUUUGGAGAGAGAGCAAAACUUAUGCCAAACAAAGCAGUGAUAAAUGAGAUAUCAGAAGAUGAUGUUAAUGGUUUGAGUGAUCAGAUACGUCAGUUGAAGGAUGAACUUGUAAGGACAAAGUCUGGAGAGAAUGCAACUUGUGAGACAGGAUACUUCAAUGCACAAAAUGCUCGUGCUAGCUUGCAUAGUUUGAGAGUGAGCCUCAAUCGCUCUCUAAUCUUGCCUCAUAUAGAAGUUGAAACAGAGGAUGAAAUGGAUGUGGAUGAAGACGAUGUACAAGAACUGCAUGAUCAAAUUAGCAAGCUUCAUUCUUCCUCCGAAGACACUCUUGACGACUUUAUGGAUGCAGAGAGUGGAGAGGAGGAGAGUCCUUGCUCCAAGGUGAAUCCAAAAACAUGUGAACAUGAUGAUGACCAGCCUAUCGUAGAUGAUAGUGAAGUUCUAAGAAUUAGUGCAUCCCCACAACUAGCACCAAUACAAGAUCCGACCUUCUGCUCUUCUCCAAAGAUCCACAAGGCAAGAAAGAGCAUCACCUCACCAGGGUUCUCUCCAAGCAAGCUUAGUGAAUCCAGCCCAGGAGAUAGCAAUGUUGAAAUUUCAAGGAAGAGUGCAGUGCGCUCCUCCUUACAGUCAAGCAAGCUUAGUCCCACUGAUUCGCUGGCUGCAAGUCUCCAACGGGGCCUGCACAUUAUAGAGUACCAUCAACAGAAUCCAGCCCCCCGAAGGUCAUUUGUUGGCCUUUCAUUUGAUCACUUUGCACUGAAUCCCUGGCAGUCAGUGAAAGCCAGUUCAGCUCUUCAGUCAUUACCUGCAGGGCAGGGCAGUUCAGCUUCUACUAUUUGUUCAUCCUGCAAGAAAGCAAUGAGUACAGAUGAAGAACAUACAGGAAACAUAAACUCAGAGAAACAGAUUGUAACGGCUACUGGUGUCACAUCUAAUGAAUUGGCCAAUGCUUCACUCCAGGACGGCAACAUCCCUCAGUCUAUUGUUUCAAAGAGAGAGGCUGAGCUUGAAGCUUUAUGUGAAGAACAGGCAACUAAGAUUAAGGAAUUGAGCAUUUUGAUUGACAAACAUGGGAAGGGUUCAGAAGAGGGUCGGCAAUCAGAUGGUGUUACACCUAGAGACGAACCAGGCGAUGAAGAUAACAUUGGUGAACAAUAUGAAGAUGACAAGUUGUCACUCAAUGUGAAUGAGAAGGAAGUACUUCUUGGUGAGAUUCAGAGGUUGAAAGAUCAAGUUAAACUUCUCACAGAUGGAUCAACAAAUGAUAGCCUUCUUGACCAGAUAAGGAAUGGCAGCACAGAUCUGGAAUAUGAGCUGGAUAAAGAAAGGCAGAAAUGGAUGGAGUCUGAGAGCAAAUGGAUAUCCCUCACUGAAGAGCUGAGGGUUGACCUAGAAUCAAACCGGAUGCAUGCAGAGAAGACAGAGAUGGAGCUCUGCAAUGAGAAGAAGUGCACAGAAGAGUUGGAUGACGCCCUCCAACGAUCCAUCUAUGGCCAUGCAAGGAUAAUUGAGCACUAUGUCGAGCUCCAGGAGAUGUACAAUGACCUUCUUGAGAGGCACCGUCGAGUCAUGGAAGGGAUCUCAGAAGUAAAGAGGGCGGCUGCCAAAGCAGGAAGGAAGGGCUGUGGAACGGCUUUUGCUGCUGCCCUUGCUGCCGAGCUUUCCACCGUGAGGAUCGACCGAGAAAAGGAGAGGGCACAGCUGAGAGAACAGAAUAGGAGGCUCCGGAUUCAACUCCGUGACACUGCUGAGGCAGUGCAUGCUGCUGGAGAGCUACUUGUGAGAUUGAGAGAAGCAGAGGAGGCAACCACACAAGAAAAGGAGAGGAGUGCAGCCAUGCUGCAGGAGAACCAGAAGCUCAAAAGGCAGCUGGAGAAGAUGAGGAAGAAGCACGAGAUGGAGAUGGAGACGAUGAAGCACUACCUUGCAGAGAGCAGGCUGCCGGAGUCAGCACUGGAGGGACUGUACCGCAACGAGAGCAGCAGCAAGGAUGCACAUGAGUACAACCAUGCUCCAUCCGCCUGCGAUGACGAUCAGUCAUGGCGGUCUGCAUUUACCUCUGCGUAUGAAUGAAUGGACGAACCUGAUGAUUGAUUGCUUGGGAGUGACUCGUCAACUGAUCCUGGUUGACAAUUAGGCUGAUUCGAUCUUUUUAAACUUUACAUAUGCUGUUCAAAGGUACAUGACUCUGAUUCAUAUGCCCUCUGUCUGGGCAAAACUUGCAUCUCUACUGAUGCAGAAAGUUCAUUUGUAUUAUUGAGUUUACAAUCUUGGUUUACUGCAUGUAUGGUGCAGAAAGUUCCCUGA